AUGUCGGCUGAAAAGCAAGAAGACAUCAUCGCGCCAGCGCCAAGCACCAGCUCGGAAAGCAUCAACGGCAAGGUCGAUAUCGAAAACGAUGGCGAGAUUUUCAAGAGAGGAGAGGGAUAUGAGGAUUUCCGAACGGUGUCUUGGAUCCAUACUUCAGUCAUCUUCCUAAAACUCAUUUUCGCGACUGGUGUACUCACCAUUCCUAGCGCCAUGUAUACGCUCGGCGCGUUUCCUGGUGCGAUCAACGUGCUCGGCUGGCAAGGCCUAAACACAUGGUGCGCAUUGGUACAGGGGCAGUUCCGUAACAACCAUCCAGGUUGCCACUCCAUCGCCGACAUGGGCCAAUUAGUCGGUGGUCGCAUUGUUAAAGAAAUCACCGGCGUACUCUUCCUUGUCGCUUUCAUCAUCGUAGGCGCAUCUGGCAUGGUCGGUGUAUCGACAGCACUAAACGCACUGUCGAACCACUCACUCUGCACAAACUACUUCUCCAUCAUCGCGGCGAUUAUGGUGGGCCUUUGCGCCAGUGUGAGAAAGUUUGAGAAGAUCGCCUGGAUCACCUGGGCGGGGUUCGCAUCUGUUUUCAUCGCCGUCUUCAUCGUUGUCGUCGGAGUAACAACCCUCGACCGACCAGCCGCAGCUCCUCAAUCCGGACCAUACGACUUUGGCUACCACGUCAUCGGCCAUCCAACCUUCGCCGCUGGUAUCACAGCUGCCUCAACAAUCUUCUGCUCUGGCGCAGGUACAUCAGCUUUCUUGCCCGUCAUGUCCGAGAUGCGCAACCCGCGCGAGUACAGCAAAGCCGUAAACUGGUGUAUGGGCAUUGUGACAGCAGCAUACCUCUCUUUCAGUCUCGUCGUGUACAAGUGGUGCGGCAAAUGGGUCGCCUCACCCUCCCUCGGUAGUGCUGGACCCAUGGUCAAGAAGGUGUCCUACGGAGUUGGACUCAUCGGACUCUGUGUCAGCGGAGCACUUUUUGUCCAUGUCAGCGCCAAAUACGUCUUCGUCCGUAUCCUGAGGAACUCGAAACAUCUGCAAGCCAACUCGCCGGUACACUGGGGUACUUGGCUUGGUUGCGUCACCGGAAUGACGGUUGUGAGUUUCUUGAUCGCAUCCGGUGUGCCGAUUUUCAACUACUUGCUCAGUCUGGCGGGGAGCAUUGCGUUUGCUCCUUUGGCACUUGGCUUACCGGGUUGGCUUUGGAUUUACGAUCACCAGGAUUACUGGAAGGGGACAUGGUGGCAGAAGAUCAUGUAUGUGCUGCACGUUAUCCUGAUUGGCAUCUCGAUCUUCUUGACGGUCGGUGGCACGUACGGCGUUAUUGUGCAAAUCAUGGACGCGUACAGGGAUGGGUCGAUUGACUCGGCCUUCUCUUGUGCUGAUAACAGCAACUCUUCUUAG